UUUUGUUCGUUGCUGCUGUCUGUUGAUUUUUCUGGUUCUAGGUUUAGGUGAAGUGCUUCCAUCGAGUUUCUAUAUUUUUCUUCUGAUCUUCUGAUCUUCUGAUCUCUGUGGAGAAGAUCGAUCGAUCAAGUAACCAAUAAUGCCCGGUUAAAGCGAAUGAAAGAACUGAAAGUUGGAACUAAUCCAUGGCGACAGCAAUGGCGAAGACGACAACGACGACGAUGAGGGCUUCUUCUCUGCUUCUAGUGAUUGUGCUGUUACUGGUUCUUCAACUGAAUUCGGUUUUAUCUUGGAAAAAAGAUGAGUUCAGGAACUGUAACCAGACCCCAUUUUGCAAGAGAGCUCGUUCUAGGAAGCCUGGAUCUUGUUCCCUUGUGGCUACUGACGUCGCUAUUGACGACGGUGAUCUCAUAGCUAAGCUCGUCUCGAAGGAAGCCGAUAAAGGGCAUGGAGAAGGAGAAGAGCAGCAACAAGAAGAGGAAAAGGAGCCGGUAAAACCCUUGAUUUUUAAGUUAUCUGUUUUUCAAAAUGGCAUCUUGAGGGUCAAGAUUGAUGAGGAUCCCAGCUUGGAUCCUCCCAAGAAGCGGUUCGAAGUGCCUGAAGUAGUUUUACCCGAGUUCGAAAACAAGAAGCUUUGGUUGCAGAGGGUCUCGACGGAGGUGAUUAAUGGCGAUUCCGGCCCUUCUUCCAUUGUUUAUCUGUCGGACGACCACGACGCGGUCCUUCGGCAUGAUCCCUUUGAAGUUUAUGUUCGAAGGAAAGGAGGCGAUCGUGUCGUGUCGAUGAAUUCGCAUGGGCUAUUUGAUUUCGAGCAGUUGAGGAAGAAGAAAGAGGGAGAAGAUUGGGAGGAGAGGUUCAGAAGUCACACUGAUACCAGGCCUUAUGGUCCGCAGUCGAUCAGCUUCGAUGUUUCGUUUUAUGGUGCAGGUUUUGUGUAUGGGAUCCCUGAACAUGCCACUAGCCUUGCUUUGAAGCCUACCAGAGGCCCUGGCAUCGACCACUCCGAACCUUAUCGCCUCUUCAAUCUUGAUGUUUUCGAGUACCUUCAUGAUUCUCCGUUUGGCCUUUAUGGGUCGAUACCGUUCAUGAUUUCUCACGGAAAAGCUCAUGGGACAUCUGGGUUUUUCUGGUUGAAUGCUGCAGAGAUGCAAAUUGAUGUUAUGGGAUCGGGCUGGGAUGCCGAAUCGGGGAUCAGCCUGCCUUCAUCGCAGAGUCGGAUUGAUACGUUCUGGAUGAGUGAGGCUGGGAUUGUGGAUGCCUUCUUCUUCGUGGGUCCAGGGCCGAAGGAUGUCAUGAAGCAGUAUGCUAUUGUUACUGGGACAUCUGCAUUGCCCCAGCAGUUUGCCACUGCAUACCAUCAAUGCAGAUGGAAUUACAGGGAUGAGGAGGAUGUUGCGCAUGUUGAUUCGAAGUUUGAUGAACAUGACAUCCCGUAUGAUGUUCUGUGGCUUGACAUAGAGCACACAGACGGGAAGAAAUAUUUCACAUGGGACAGGGUGCUCUUCCCCAAUCCGGAAGAAAUGCAGAACAAACUGGCUGCAAAGGGUAGGCGUAUGGUUACAAUUGUUGAUCCUCAUAUCAAGCGGGAUGAGUCCUUUCACCUGCACAAAGAGGCUACUAAGAAAGGGUAUUAUGUGAAGGAUGCCACGGGCAACGAUUUUGAUGGAUGGUGCUGGCCUGGUUCCUCAUCUUACCCUGAUACCCUGAACCCAGAGAUCAGGUCCUGGUGGGCUGAGAAGUUCUCUUUCCAGAAUUAUGUUGGUUCAACUCCUUCCUUGUAUAUUUGGAACGACAUGAAUGAGCCUUCUGUCUUCAAUGGGCCUGAGGUAACCAUGCCUAGGGAUGCUGUGCAUUAUGGUGGUGUGGAACACAGGGAGUUGCAUAAUGCCUAUGGUUAUUAUUUUCACAUGGCCUCAGCUGAUGGGCUUUUAAAACGAGGGGAUGGGAAAGACCGACCUUUUGUUUUAUCAAGAGCAUUCUUUCCUGGAAGUCAACGAUAUGGAGCAAUUUGGACAGGGGAUAAUUCAGCAGAUUGGGAUCACCUCAGGGUCUCAGUUCCAAUGAUUUUAACUCUUGGUCUUACUGGAAUAUCAUUCUCUGGUGCUGAUGUUGGUGGCUUCUUUGGCAAUCUUGAGCCAGAAUUGUUAGUUCGAUGGUACCAGCUUGGUGCCUUCUAUCCAUUCUUUAGAGGUCAUGCUCAUCAUGACACCAAAAGACGAGAACCUUGGUUAUUCGGAGAACGGAAUACAGAACUGAUCAGGGAAGCAAUACAUGUCCGCUACAUGUUUCUCCCAUACUUCUACACAUUGUUCAGAGAAGCAAAUACAAGUGGUGUUCCUGUUAUGCGUCCUCUCUGGAUGGAGUUCCCUUCAGACGAAGCUACUUUCAGUAAUGAUGAGGCUUUCAUGGUUGGAAACAGUAUUUUUGUACAAGGAAUCUAUACUGAGCAUGCCAGACAUGCAUCGGUAUAUUUGCCUGCUGGACAGUCUUGGUAUGACUUGAGAACUGGGGUAGCAUACAAGGGAGGUGUGACUCACAAAUUGGAGGUUUCAGAAGAAAGCAUCCCUGCUUUCCAGAAAGCUGGCACCAUUGUUCCAAGGAAAGACAGGUUCCGCCGAAGUUCCACCCAGAUGGUGAAAGAUCCCUACACUCUGGUGAUAGCUCUGAAUAGCUCCAAAGCAGCUGAAGGUGAGCUAUACAUAGACGAUGGCAAGAGCUUUGAAUUUGAGAAAGGAGACUACAUCCAUCGCCGCUUCCUGUUUUCAGACGGCAAGCUUGUAUCUUCAAAUGCAUCACCCCCAGCCUCAAGCAAUACACCAUUUUCUUCAGAUUGUUUUAUUGAGAGGAUUGUUCUUCUAGGGCUCUCCCUUGGGGCAAAAAGUGCCAUCAUUGAACCUGCAAACCAUAGAGUCGAUAUCGAACUUGGGCCACUUAAUCUUCGAAGGGGACAAAUGCCCUCUUUUCCUACCAUCCGCAAACCCAAUGUUCGGAUUGCAGAUGACUGGACUAUAAAGAUUUUGUAGGUGUUUAUAGAUUUAGCAAGCACAGCUAGGAGCUAGCCUUCUGGACCAACAUUUUAAUGCAAUGGUGAAAUUUUAUGCAGAAAGAGAAGAUUAAAUUAUAGCUUCA